GUGUCUCUCUCUUCUCUGUUGCUCUUCUCACAAUUUUUCCGUGUACUGAAAACACGUAGAUGUUUACAGUUUUUUGGACAAACUAUUAUAUAAUAGGUGGCUUGGGGGGGGAGAAUUUACUCACCUCUUUUCUCCGUUUCUUGUUUUUCUUCUCCUUACUUGUACAUAUUAUUUAAAUAUAUAUCAUGACUGACAUAGAACACCCUUCCAACGUUAUUGGUUCCCUUAUCUUUUGUCCAGAAUGUGGCAAUCUUUUAGACAUGCCUGGUGGUGAUGAUGAUAUUUUACUUUGUAAUCAAUGUAGUCAUCCAUAUCAAAUCUCUGGUUUUGAAGCCACUAAAGUUGUUACAACUUCAUCAGAUCGUGCUUUCCAAUCUCCAUUAAAAGCUAAACGUCAUUUGGUUCAACAAAGUCAACAAAAAGAAUCCGGUGCAACGAUUAAAGAAAAAUGUCCUCAGUGUGGUCAUGAUGAAAUGGCAUAUCAUACUAUGCAAUUACGGUCAGCGGAUGAAGGUCAAACUGUAUUCUAUAACUGUAAAAAAUGCGGGUACAAAUACUCGGUCAAUUCAUAAACUAUUCUCUCGCUAUCUUCUGUCAAUAUACAAACAUAUGUCAUCACGUCCUUAUUUAUCUACGUCAAUUUGAUAUCACAUUUACCUUUUAUUUACUAUUUAGAAUAUUAACCAUCAUUUAUCCUCUUCUCUCACUUUUCACUCUGCAUUAUUUAUUACUAUCCAUCAUCAUCAUCAUCAUCAAUAAAAAAUAGAUAUUCAUUUUUUACACUUAUUUCCAUUUACGGUCAAUGAAAUACGUUUAUUCUA